AGCGACGUGUCGCCGUGCGCGGCGCCGCCCAGCCAGCGCGUCUUCCAGGAGGCCGUGCGUCGCGGCAACACCAAGGAGCUGCAGUCGCUGCUGCAGAACAUGACGAACUGCGAGUUCAACGUGAACUCCUUCGGGCCCGAGGGGCAGACGGCGUUGCACCAGUCCGUCAUCGACGGCAACCUGGAGCUCGUCAAGCUGCUCGUCAAGUUCGGCGCCGACAUCCGCCUGGCCAACCGCGACGGCUGGAGCGCGCUGCACAUCGCCGCCUUCGGGGGCCACCAGGACAUCGUGCUCUACCUGAUCACCAAGGCCAAAUAC